GCAUAUUAUCUUAACCCUCAAUUUCAAUAUUCAGAGAAAAAAUCUUCAAAUCCGGAAGUUAAGCUUGGUCUAUAUCACUGUAUGGAAAGAUUAAUACCGGAGCAGGCAGAUAGGGAGCUUGCAGAUUUACAGCUUGUUCUGUUCCGGAAUAAAGAGGGUUUUUUUGGUUUGAAUGCAGCAAAAACUACCAUUUCUAAACGGUCUCCAGUUGAAUGGUGGAUCCAAUUUGGUGAUUCCACCCCUGAGCUACAGAGUUUUGCUGUGAGAGUGUUGGGCCUCACUUGUUCUUCUUCUGGGUGUGAGCGAAAUUGGAGUACAUAUAGUCAAGUGCAAACAAAGAGAAGAAAUCGACUAUCUACACUCAGAAUGAACUCCCUCGUAUACAUAAUGCACAACAAGAGGUUAAGAGAUAGGAGGUUGAGGAAUAAGGGGUUGAAAGAUGAUGAGGACCCGUUGGUGUGUGAUGAUCUGUCGUCUGAUAAUGAGUGGUUCAUAGAUGAUGAGGCAGAUUUAUCAUUAUCAGACUUACAGGUAGAAGAUCUAAAUGUGGAUGUAUUGAGGGGCGAAGCAGAUCAAACGGGUACAUCCACUAGUACCACACCACACACAUCUGCUAGCUCUGCAAGUAAAGGGAAGAGAAAAGUGAGUCAUGUUGAAGAUGAAGAUGACAUGGCAUUCAUAGAUACAAUUGGAGAAGAAGAUUCACUUGAAGACUGAUAUUUUGUGAUGGGAUAUGACUUCAUUUUAUAUGUUUUUUGUAUUUUGGGAGUUUUGUUAAACUGAUAUUUUGUGAUUUUGUACUUUGGGACAUAAUUUUAUUGCAUCUACUUUCUUAUUUU